AUGGGGCGAGGCAAGAAGCGGUCCAAGGUCUCCAAUAGUGAUGAUGAGGACUGGGGUGCAGAAGAGGCUGGAUACCGCAGCGGCGGCAGCACGGGCACAGGCAACCGCGGUGGUGGUGGCGCGCGCCGCGCAGCCACGCAGAGCAUUGCGGCGCGCGCGGCCGCCAACGCGGCGGGCCGCGCCCGGCCCACAAACAACCAGCUACUGUACAAGGCCUACUUUAGGUGGAACCAUUACUCCUAUAAGCUCAUCAACGGCACCCAGCACCUGCCCACAGAGACCGACGCCUGCGCCAGCGUUACGGCCGCCUUCCUGCAGGUACUGCACACGCUUCAUGUCGCGGAGUCGUGCCGCAUAGGAGACCGCCGCAACGUCCUGCAGAUUCUGUCCAACAACACGCGCCGCACUAAGGUGGUCGAGCUCACUACAGGCACCCACCGCGUCCCCGAGGAGCUGCGCAAGCACUACCUGUCGGAUGGGGAGGCGGGGCAGUACUCGACUAAUCUGGACCGCAACAGAUACGGGCAGGACGACCAAUACCUGUUCACGGGUGAGACCAGGGUUUGGGAUCAGGGGUGGAGGAUCUAG